UUGAAUGUGUGCUUAACGGCGCGAAAUAAGGUGGAAUGGAUAGCGAUAGAUUGGAGGCGGUCCCUAAUGGGGUUGCACACUUGGACACAGUGAGGGCAUUACACCAAACUGUGGUAUCUUUGAGGACAGCAUUGGAAGUGUCCAAGAAUGAACUCAAAACUUUGAAGGAAAAGUAUGAGCAACACUCACGCUAUACAGAUUAUGAGGAUGUCAUAGAAAAGUUGACUUUAGAGAAUCAUAUCUUGAGGCGUAAAAUUAUUGACUCAGGUUAUGAGGACUCCAAUACCCAGAAUAUAAAGUUAGAAGUUACUUAUAGCCCUCGGGCAGAAGAUAUAGAGUGCACUGAAAGUGAGGUGGUAAUCAAAACUGCUACUAGUGAUGGUGCCACUGUGGAACCUAUACUAGAACCUCAAGAUGAACCAGAAAGCGCUACUAAGUUUUGUACAACAGAAAAGUUAAAUGAUAUACAAGAGGAGUUCAAUGUGUCUCCAGAAGUGAGCCCAGAAGAAAGUUACCAUGAAAAUUCUCAUACAGAAAUAGAAGAAUUGAAUAGUCAAGCAACAAGUUUCCCAAAAAAUAGUGACCACAAGAGUCAUCAGCCAAGUUUCAAGACUAAACUUGAAUUGCUGUCAAAGUUUGAUGUUAAGAUUAAGGUGCGGACUUUGAAAGAAGGAACAAUUGUUUCAAGCACUACUUCUGACAGUGAUUCCACUACAGAAGAGAAACCAAAAGAAUCCAAUACAAGUUUUCACUUUGAGGAGAGGAAAGAACAUUUUGAAGAUACUGAGGGUCCUAAUGGAGAGUGCAUUAAUUUGAGGACAGUUUCAACAGAGAAUGUAAAAAUGGCUGUGCCAAGUGAGGCUGAAGCCAAGUCCAAAGUGGACAAAUUUGAUGUUCAAGUGAGAAUUACAUCUGAAGAGAGUCUGGUUAUGAAGGAGAAUGUAGAAAGGACUAGAAGAAAAGAAACAUUAAAUUUAGAUGUUGAUGACUUGAGUCUCAGAUCUUUAUCUGAGGGUGACAAUUCUGUAUUCUCUGAGGGGGUUGCAACACCUAUGGAUCCGGGGGGCGAUGACAAGAUUGACCAAGAAACAGCUAGUGGCAAUGAAUCUGAAGAGGUAGAUGACAUAGAACUGAUAUUCACCACUGACGAAUCUAAGGAUAUGAGUAAUUUACAGGAAGACCUUGUAUCAAUACAGGAUUCAGAUCAAUGGACUCCAGCAUCUGCUUCCACAACACAUUCUACCCCAGUACUCAUAAAGUUUCACACUCUUGACCCUGACUUCCAACCAGGAGGUGAAACUACAGACAAUGCUGAGAAUGAAAAUCAGGAGAAUUCCAGCCUCCAAAAUGUGAUUGCUGAGUCCUCAUUGAAAAUGAAAAGAGUUUCUUUACCAAGUGACAAAGAGAUUAAACAUGUGGCAUUUAAUGGAAAAGGAAGUUUGGACUUACCUGGCAGGGGAAUAUUGAAGAGCUAUGAUAACAAGUCAGACAACAUGUUAUACAGAAAGAGCCCAAACACAAGUACAAGAAGAUUAGACAGUGUGGACAGCUUAACUUGCGAGUACAACAGAGGUUUGAGCUUCGAUAAUACCAAGUCUUCUAGCUUCGAAUUGGGAUCCAGUAUGGAUAUUCUCCAUAGAGAUGAGAGCAUAGAAAAUUUUCACCGAACAAGUAAUUUUGGACAUAGAUUUUCAGUGUUUGCUGAAACUGAUAUAUCAAAAUGUGGAAUCUCAGAGGAUGAUUUGCUAGCCAAUUUGAAUGUUAGAAGGAACACUUGCCCCAAUCCAUUUCAAUAUAGACCGGCGGGGUACCGCAGCGCAUGGCGCGGACCAUUACGAGCGGGGCCUGUUGGGGUCCCGCUGGUGCCGGGGGUCCCGGGGAUGCCGGGGGUUCCGGGGAUGCCGGGGGUCCGCGGUCGGGGCGGCGCGCGGCGAGAGAGCGGGGCGCAGACGGACGUGUCCGCACUGCCGCCGCGGUGGAGCUCCGAUGGAUAUCUCGCUCACAAGAUGCCACUGUCUUCCGCGGGAGAUGGCUACGGCGGGAGGACUGUCGGGGGGCCGCCGGGGGCGGGCGGGGCGUGCGGCGGGUGCGGGGGGUGCGGGGCGUGCGGGGCGUGCGGGGCGUGCGGGGCGUGCGGGGCGGGCCGGGGCGCGCCGCCGCCGCUGCGUGCUGCCGCCGCGCGCCGCACCGACGACACGCGCCGCCUGCUGCUCAGCGACAUUGGGUUCACGUCGAUGGUGCCAGAACUGUCGCGGUCUGCGGACCCGGUGUGGGCGCAGGGCAAGCGUGGCCCCACGCCCCCCGCGCCGCCUCCCCCGCCGCCCCCGCAGCCCCCGCAGACUGGACACUCGCCCACCUCCAGAUACAUGUCGCGCGGCUCGUACCGUUCCCCGUGCCUCUGUACGGACCGGAGCAGUGAUUGGUUGCCGCAGCCCACCUGCUUGACACGCAACAAAGCGGAGUACAGCCUGUGGCGUAGCUCUAUGCCGGACGUGCGCGGAGGGUGGCGCGAGGGGCGCGGGUGGCGACUGUACCCCUUUGAAGACACCGACGAAUUGCUGAACGAGGCUGACACUUAUCUCCGCCGGUCCAUAGACAACCUUCGCUCGUCAUCUAUGGCCACGUCGCUGGACCUGGACGGGUCGUCGAUAGCUUGCGGCCAGCCGUAUAUACCAUCAGAGCCACGCCAGUUGCGGCUUGGACAUACUGUCAAACUCAUUUCGCCCUACGGUCGAGUCGUCAUAGGACGGGUCAGGUACGUGGGCCUGGCGGGCAGCACGGCGGCCAGCAGCGGCGUGGUGGUGGGCGCGGAGGUGGCCCGCGAGGGGGCCGGCCCGCACUGCGACGGCACCUACCGCGGCCGCCGCUACUUCCUCACCGCGCCCACCGCCGCCGCACUCUUCGUGCCCUUCAGCAAAGUCGUCAUGGCCUGGGCUACUUGAACCGGAGACCGGAGACCGGAGGCCGGUGAGUUACAAUAUGUGCUCCCACGAUCUCGACGAU